GUAGAAACUAGAGGCGGUGCGAACUUAUUGAAGGACCAGCACUCACUUUGACGAGCAGUCACUUUGAUCAGCAAAACUCUGAAGUUAAAACGUAUAUGCUUACAGCAUGUAAAAGACCAACGACUAAUCAAUGAGCCGAAAGUUGCUAAUACCCAAGCAAGUUGAAGCAACUCGGGCGCAGAACAUCAGCCUCUCGUGAGCUUGGAAUGAUUCUGAGGAAGCCUGUUGGAAGGAGCAGCAGCCAAUUGUGCACACCUGUCAACAAUGUCAAUCUUCAUCUUCGCACAAGCUGUUUCGUUUGGAGCGUACGCUUGGAUUACUUGAAGUUGUGGGACGAUCAUUGUCCUCAAGACCUGCCUGAUGCCUCUUGAAGUUGCCUAAAUUGGAGUCCUGGCAUCUUACUUUUCCUGACGAAGCGGUAGACAGCAAUGUGGGAACCCAUUGACCAAGCCAGCAGAAGAAAGUCCAGCAGAGCUUAGUCGGUUUGCAAACUUGCCCCCUUCUCUUUACUCAAUCAGCAUUAGAGACUGGCGCCCUUCCCUGCUUGUUUUAGUCAAAUGCCGACAGGUCAGGGAGACGUCCCACCCCGGCAUGUGAAGGGCAACCACCGCCCCCCCGCCAUGUCGCCGCUCGCUUUUCUCACCAACCCAGCAACACCCGGAAGAAAGACGGAGCGACACCGGAAGGCCAGAUUGGCGGCGCUUGGGGCGGGGGCGCUUUUAGCAAUCUAUGCCCUUUUGCUACAGUUUGAUAUGGCGCCAGCUUGGUUGGGAGGGGGGGCAAACAGUGUGAGUGCAGUUGCCCCCCGGAGCUGCGGAGGGCACCACCAAGGACCAGCUGUUGGGAGUGAGUACUUCCACAACCGGACAGUUCUGUACGAUUCCCUCUCAGGCCCGCAAGAGUACUCGUUUUUGUCAAGUGGGAAAACAUCCCAGUCACUGAAGGUUUCUGACCUGUUUGAAGAAAAAGAUGGCAAGCUAGUUCCGAUCUUGAAGGAGCAAAAAGUGGCGGUCAGGGCGAACGUGCUGCACGUGGAUCGAAAGGAGGCGCACCAGAUGUACCAGACCGUAAAGCGAAUACUCUCUCGGUACGGCUUUGGUGAUACAGCGGUAUGGUACCAGGACCCCGACAUGUACCACAUGAGCCUCUGGCAUGCGUCGCAUCACCUAGACCCUGUCCCGGCCUCGCCCCGUGAGGUUGGCCUAGAGAUCGUGGGAGUCACGCAAGUGACGCACAAAGCUUGCCCGCUGCGGGUGUCGUUGGAUCGCGUCGUGCUGACGUCAACGGGGGUGGUGCUGGGGCUUUGGCAGCUUCUGUCGGGAACGGAACCUUUCGACCUGCGGCAACAGCUGCGGAAAAAUCUUCCUCGGUCCCCAGAAACUCAGCUGUAUGAUCCGGUAAUGCUGCACACCUCGUUUGCGCGAAUCCUGAAAGGCCCGGAUAGCAGAAAGGGCGUUGGUAACGAGUCGGGAAACAUGGCAUCAGUGCUUCGGGAGGCUGCGGAGGAGCUAGACAAGGAGCUGUGCGGCACUCAGACGACGUUAAGUACUUUGCUGUACGUUGAAGAAUGGGACCUUCUGGCGCUUGCGCUGGACGGCCGGAUCACGCCGCGGCUGCUUCCCCUUCGGUGCGGAGAGCCUAUCACAUGAUAUCGGUGCGACCACACUUCUUGAUCUUGUUCGACUAGAAUUCUUGAUCGGGUUCGACCAGAACUUCGGACGCAAUGAAUAGAUGCCCAGCGAACAUCAAGCUUUUUGCACUUGACUGAUAUCAUAAACGAAACGAUACACCCUCCGCAACCGUACCCACUCAACCUUCCCAACCCCACAAGUCCCAAGUACUGUUCGCUGAGCUUACGGUUCAUAGUUCAAGUGGGAUGUUUCAACGGAUAGAGUACGCACGCUUCAGUUAAGGUGAAAGGCCGACUGAGGGAUUACGAGGUAAACCGAAAGCGCUCGAAUGACAUCCAAGGACAAUGUGUUUUCUCGGUAGUACCGAGCAUGGCUGAGACCUACUUUGGCACCAC